AGGAAGGCGAUCGGCUGGUGAUCUGGGCAAGAGUACGGGGUAGAGAAAUGCGGUCAAAGAAGCUCAAAUAACGAUAUCGGCUCCGGUUCUGAUGCCAGAUCAUGGGGAAGGUUGCGAUAAAACUAGGAUUGCAACACCCACAAGUAUCACGCCAAGGCCUCAUGCUAAACGCAAAACUAUUCAACAAUUCAUGAAGGAACAAGGGCUAUCGGCCCUCGGAAAUGCAGCAACGCAGACCAGGAAUGCCUUUAUCGCUUCUAUGAAUGCUGAUAAUAAUUGGUGGGCUUGUAUGGAUCCAAAGAGCCGUAGAUCCAGACACCAGAAGUCAGAUAUAGCCACCGAACGAAUCCUCCGCAAGGAGGAAGAACUGUCGAGACUGCCGGAUAAUGACCCUGGAAGGGCAGGUGUCUUGAGAAGUAUUGCAUUUGAGUACGAGGCACGACAAUCCGCCACAAGUCAAGAGGAGGAAGAAGAUCUCAACAAAGCAAUCGAAUACUCCCAGUUGGCAGCCCAAGCUAAGCCAGAGAAGCUCGCGUAUCGGAUGUUCCUGAUUAUGAACCUGCAAAUACGAUAUGGACGAGCCAAGCAAAGCACAGACCUCGACCUGAUCAUCACCGAAAUCGAGUCAACCGGGGCUCUUGGAGGGCAUAGUAAUUUCGUCUUCUUAUUGGGAUUUGGUGCUUUCUAUAUCACGCGGUACGAUGAGAUCGGGAACACAGACGACUUGCAAAAGGCCCGGGAUAUCUUCAAAGAGGUUCGCCACAUAGUCCCAAAGGAGGAUUUCCUUGUUCAAAUCAUGACAAGUGGCUUGGAAGAGAAGCAUAUGGCGUACGUUCCUGCCGAGCUGGCGAUAGGUGAAAAGUUUGACACUUCUAUCAAUAAUGCGGAGCGAGCUAUUGCCCUCGCGGAGGUCAAUUCAACAAUAUAUCUGCAGCUCCUUCAUAACCUUCAUGAACAAUACUAUCGACGAUACCUUCAAACGGGGCAUAGCAGGGACAUAGAUCUCGCAAUCGCCAGGGCAGAAAAGUCCCUCUCGUUGGAGGUGUCAAAGAACGAUUCGAUAAUAAGGUGGCACACGGCUACUUACUCCAUGGCGAGGUGGCAUCGUCAGGGACGACGCGAGGAUUACGACAAGGCACAGGAGCUGACAAACACAGCGAUAGAUGCCGCGAUCAGUGGUAGCGCCGAACAAAUAGGAUUCAUCACACAAAGGGCGGUAUGGAUGGCAAGAGACGAUCCAGACCGGACUGACCAGACACAGGCUCUGCGAGCCUCUAUCGAGGAAGUAGAGAAUAUACGCGCUCAUUCGUACGAUGGUCUCAAUCCACGCUACAAGAAACAGAUUUUAUGUGCGCUUGGUGGACUAUAUAAGGAUCUCUAUGGGUUGACCCACGAUAUCGCCGACCUUGACAAAGCAAUCGACUCAAUGGAGGCUUUCUUUGGUCUGAAUGUUGACGAUACGAGCUCAAAUCGGUUGAUAAUGGGAAACCUGUGGCUCGCGAAGGCCUCUCGCACGAACGAUACUACAGCCUACCGUCGUGGACUGCGGAGCUUCCAGCGAUGCUAUGAAUCUGAUCAAGCCCUGCCUAUAGAUCGUGUACGAGGUGCUUCGUGCGUCAUGCAUCACGCAAUACAUCACCUAAACUGGACAGCGGCUAGAAGACUCGCAGAAGAAAUCAUAUUUCCGCUGAUACCUCUUAUCAGCAGCCGCGACCUGAAGCAUGAUGACAAGACUUACAAUCUGCAGAGCCUGUCCGGUCUCGCUGGUCACACCUGCGUCGCAUUACUUCGGAGUGGAUCUCUGACAGAAGCACUUCUGAAAAUUGAGAGAAUCGUGCGGUAGCAGAGGCGGUUCAUGAUGCAACACUUAGAAUCAGACGGCAGUAUUAUGAC